AUGCCACCUAAAAGGGCCGCUGCCGCUGCCGCUGCCGCAAAGGCGCAAACUGCUCAGACUUCAACGGCUGCCAAAGCUGCAAAUACUAAUAAAACGGCCGCUACUGAUACGAAAAAGCGUACAACAAAGACCACAACUACAACGGAAGCGAAGAAAAAAACGACGACCAAGACCACAUCGACUGUGAGUAAAUCGAAGACCACUAAAGCGGCCGAUUCAAAGGCGAAGGCCGCUCCUCCCGCGCAAGCGCGGAAGCGCAAGGCUGCGACCGCCGAUGAAGAAGCCCAAGAAGCUCCUCGUGAGGUUAAGAAGCCUCGUGUUAUUGCUAAGCCGCGCGCUGCCGCUAAACCGCGCGCUGCCCCUAAGCCAAAGCCGAAGGCCGUCAUAAACAGUGCCCCUACUACCAAGUUAAACGUCUAUGUAUGUGGCGAGGGGAGCUCGGGUGAGCUUGGCCUUGGAACCGCCAAAAAUGCGGUCGAUGUGAAGCGUCCUCGUCUCAACCCUCUUCUUCCUGCCGACACAGUGGGUGUUGUGCAGGUCGCGGUGGGUGGAAUGCAUUGUGUUGCUCUCACGUAUGACAACAAGAUUCUUACCUGGGGUGUGAAUGACCAAGGAGCGCUUGGGCGCAAUACCACCUGGGAAGGCGGGUACAGAGAUAUGGACGAGGACAAGGAUGAUUCCGACUCGGAUGAUGAUAGUGAUAGUGGGCUGAACCCUCACGAGUCGACGCCGACUGCUAUUCCCUCCGAGUCUUUCCCCGAAGGAACUGUGUUUGUUGAAGUCGCCGCUGGCGACAGCUCGAGUUUUGCUCUGACCGACGAUGGCCAAGUCUACGGCUGGGGAACGUUUCGGAGCAAUGACGGCAUCCUGGGCUUUGACGCCACAAACAAGGUGCAAUCCACCCCGGCCCUCAUCCCCGCGUUGAAGAAAAUUAAGCACUUAGCGUGCGGUGACAACCAUGCCCUCGCACUGAACGAGAAAGGUGCCGUGUUUUCCUGGGGCUCCGGCCAGCAGAACCAGCUUGGUCGUCGCAUUGUUGAACGCAACAAGUUGAAUGGUUUGCAGCCACGCGAAUUUGGUCUUCCGAAAAACAUCAAACAGAUCGGUUGUGGAGCCUUCCAUUCAUUCGCCAUCCAUGAUUCUGGCAAGGUUUAUGCUUGGGGUCUCAAUAGCUUCGGCGAAACAGGUAUCCGCGAGGGUGCAGGUGAGGAUGAGGCAGCCAUCGUCCAUCCCACACUCGUCAAGUCUCUAUCGAACGAGAAGGUCCUACAGCUUUGUGGAGGUGCCCACCACUCUCUUGCCGUCACUGACGACGGGAAAUGCCUGGUCUGGGGCCGCCUGGAUGGCUAUCAAACUGGCCUCAAGAUCGAUGGCCUGCCUGAUUCGAAUGUCAUCAAGGACGAACGUGGCCGGCCCAGAAUUCUGAUUGACCCCACCCCUGUUCCAGGAAUCAAUGCCAGCAUUGUUGCGGCUGGAUCUGACCACUCAAUUGCCAUUGACAAGGAUGGUCGAGCUUGGUCCUGGGGGUUCUCUGCGACUUAUCAGACCGGCCAAGGUACCCAAGAUGAUAUUGAAGUUGCAACUAUAGUGGACAAUACUGCGGUUCGGGGAAAGAAGCUCAAUUGCGCCGGUGCUGGUGGACAGUUCUCUGUCCUGACAGCCCCUGCGGAGUAA